UGAUUGCGUAUUCGCAUGUGACAAUAUGAUCAGUCGUGGCGUUGCUGAGAUGGCAGGGACAUGCUCAACUUUCGCGAGGUCACGCUUUGCGACUAAAGGGCAGAAAUGAGAUUCAUGCAGUAUUCAUGCCGCUUAUCACAAAUACAGUGGGUCAUCCUGCCGUUUUGUCAUUCGCUCAAGCCUCUUCUCAGCCAGCCACGAAUCACUGGCUCUGGCUCACACCGACGUACCAUUGCAGGUUGUAGCUCUAGCGGAAUAACUACUAAAAGAUACGCUGUUCUCAAAGGACGCAUCUUAUAUUUGAUUACCCCUCAAAUCCAAGUCUCGGUUAACUUUGUCGAUACUUCAAAGAUCGGCCAUCGAUGGUAGAACUGGACAUGAAUACUACAACUAUACCUCCUAAUGAUCCUGAAAGCCCACGGUGGCUUCUAGACCUGGAGAAAUGGGAGAUUCUACCCUACACCGAAGUUCCACAAGAGACACUUGACGCUGAAGGCUAUGGUGUUGUGUCUUAUACCUGGGGGUACAUCCAGGACUCUGGUAAUUCUGCCCCAGACCCCCCUCGAGGUCUCCUUUGGGAUGUCCCGGGCGUCACGGAAUGGUCUCUAUCAGAGGCAAAAGAGGCAAUGAAAAUGAUCGGUACUCGGUACAUCUGGUGGGACUGGAUGUGUGUUCCUCAGCGAGUGAAGGGCAUGAAAGAACUAAGUCGUGAACUUGGGGAAGUCCAAGCCCAGGAGAUUGGGAAGCAAAUGCACAUCUACGGCAAGGCCAGGAAAAGCAUAGUCUGGCUACACUCAACAUCAUGGACAAAAGAAUCGGCCCUAAAGGAACUGCUUCAUCUACAAUCGCCAGAAGCUGAUAGCAAAGAGCCAAUAGAUAUGCAAAAGCAUGUUGAUCAAGUAACGGUUCAGCUUGACGCCGCUCGCUCGGAAGAACAUUGGUUAUGUUCAGGCUGGACGUUACAAGAAGGCGUGCUUCUACACGAGACAGAUCUCAUUGAUGGUAGCGGCAACGCACUCCCCGGACCUGACUUCUUCAUGAGCGACCAAGCAACUGUCUGUGAUCUCACUGUUCCCAUCACAAGACUGGCCUAUGAGCUGGCUAUUGGGUACUUUAUCAAAUCGCAAGGUCACGAGCCUGACGUGGGCACACCAUGUCCUCACACCACCUAUUUGUUGUCUAAAAUGCCCGACAUCUGGCUGCGCCGAUCUUUGCAAACGUUCAUGGCGUCGGGAUUCGUGGGCUUCUGGAAGAACAGCCCCCUUGACAUCCUUUCAGGCAAGCGAGGCCGAAAGUUCGGCAAUAUAAAGGACUCCUGCUGGGCCUUGGUGGGAGCAUUGGGAAUCGAUGAUAUAGAAGUAACCUACGACAAAGAUGUCUCCAUGGAAGAACGACAAGUAUCAAUGGGUGAUGUUGUCGUUGCCUUUUCCGGGAUUUCGCAUUCCGGAAGGAGGGGAACAGAAUGCCCCCGAAAGGAGCUUUAGAUGGAUUGAUGUCGCAGAUGGAGUCAUGCUGCCUGUUCAUGCAUUCUGUGUGGAACUAAAACCCCAACCGAAAUCCUCUCAGGAAAGAUUGCCCACCCUCAGCUACACCCACGAUCUUCGCAUCAAAGGU